AUGAACACCGCCAAUUUCGUUUCUGAUCGGCUGAUUUACAUCCCGGACUUGCUCAGCAGACACGAUUUAGAUGGUCUUCUCGAGGCUAUUUCAGCAAUCACUGAGCGAUCCUGGCGGUACAACGACGGUUACAAGCACCUCUUUAUAGGUGGUCAACUCACCCGAACCGGCAAACUGAUACAAAGCAGCACCCCGGCUUGGAUGGAUACGCUCUACCAGCGCAUAGAGGAGUGCACAGCAGUGCAUCCCAACUACGCAGAACUCUACGCUAUCCAGUCGGGCCAGGGGUGCGCGCAGGGUGUCAAAUCGACGACAGCCACAUUCACACUGGGUACUCAUCUCGUAGCUCAAACAGAUGUCUCAGCCACGCCGAUCCUCCUCGAACCAAACAGCCUGCUUAUAGUGGUGGAUGGUGGCCCGCCAAAGAUAGUCCCUGGAUGCAUAGACCGCGUUUCUAGCCCACCCGCUCAUCUGCUAAACUCUCACCUCCUCAAAAGCCCCAAUUGCAGCCGUCUCGCGCGUCAUGGUGGUCACCUCACGCGUAGCGACGGAUAUGUGUUGAAUAUGUACGAUAUAAAGCGCGUCACUGAUGCUUUUAAGGGGGUGCUCGGUUGA